UUGAUUAUUUUGAGAGAUAGGAGACAAGUAGAUUGCUCGGCCACGACGGCGCAAAGUGGAUCAUGAGGAAGAAGAAGGUAAGAAACGCCAAGCCCGGGGUUGCCAACAUCGACAACGAAAAGCUAGGAAGGAAGGAGGUCCUGUACAACGCCCCUAUGGACCCGGCAACGAGGAAAGGCAAAAAGGAGAAAGACGAGGGCGAUUGUUUCGUGCAAGUGCCUGAGCCGGACACACAUUGUUGGAAAGCGAUGGAAUCGCUAACCGCCAACGAGAAAUGUCGCGUUCUGAAGAAGGUGCUCGCUUGCGAGGUGGUCUGGGUCCAGGCCGGCUCCUCGGCGUUGGCGAAGCUGGGGAAGCUCGGCGUGCAGGAAAUGGUGCAUUUGGUGAAGUGCGAUCACGUGCUCGUACGUUUUUGGAAUUACUACCAGUUCAAGCACGAGAAGAGGCCGGAUGCCGAUUGGAUCCAGAGGUACCCGUUCCUGAAAACAAGGUCUGCAAUUUUCAAGCAGUUCGAAAGUCGUGGAUUGGAUGCUGAGUUGUGGGACGGUAGCAGGAAAUAUGUUACUGACUCCUCGCUGUUCAAGGAAUGCCCACCUUACAUGGGUUGCAACGACGACCACUCGAUUGAGGCGACGGAGAAGUUGGCCGGUCACAGGAAGUUGUCCAUCGACUGGAGAAACAAGGUUCUCUCCGUGUUUACUGACAGUAGACUGAAGAGUCGCGAGACUGCUCUUGCUGAAGGCAUUGUGCACAUAAAAUGGAAAGACACAGGCGACGUGACAUCCAUCGCACCGUUCGGCAACGAGCCCUUGGAGGCGAACAUCACGAGUGCGGAGCUGAAGGAGGCGGUGGCUGCCACAAAGAGCCACACAUUCUUCCUUGAUCUCUGCAAACCGGUUGACCUGAAGCUGUGGAAACCGCAAGCGUUCGACACUCUGGAUUCCCAACUUCAGACGUGGUGUCCGUCGCAUUGGACGCUCGUCGUUUUCGUGCUCUGGCAGCAGAACCUCUCGUUUCUGGCCAGCAUGAACCACCUUUCUUUCGUGAAGCUGCUGAAAGGGACGUGGACCUCGCCUGCACGUCAGGGCAUUGUGUACGGGAACAUGGAACACAAUCCGACCCAAUUCGUUAAUCUUCUUGAAUUCGUCAGCAAGAAGGGAGAGGGUGUCGCCUUCCUUGGGAAGCCGCACGGGGGAACCGUGUGGGAACUACUGAAGGUAGGCCGACACGUUGUCGUGAUGGAAGGGAACUCCGACCUGUUGCAAUUCACAAUGCAAGUCGUCAAAAGCGAGGUCAAUUCGGGGGCCCACAAUUGUGAGUUCGUGGUCGUGAAGGAGACACGGGAUCGCUUGUGGAACAACAAGACGGACAUGUGGUUCAAGGGUUCGGGAGAAAUGGCUGGAUUGCAUGCAAGGGAAGGAGGGGGGGUAAUGGAGGAAGGGAAGGAAAGGGAGGAAGGAGAGGAAGGGGAGGAAGGGGAGGAAGAAGGGUAUGAAGGGGAGGAAGAGGAGGAGGAAGGGGAGGAAGGAGAGAAAGGGGGAGAAACGGAGUUGAGUGAGUUGUUUGAAGGAAAGGAGGGUGCGAAAGGGGACAUCGAUAUUGGAGACGACGAACGGACAAUGUCGGGAGGCAUAACUGAUGAUGUCGGGAAGGUCCUGACAAUUGAUGAUUUGGUCGAGGCCCUGGACAGGCGAAAGAGGUUGCAGAGCAAUGUCCCCAAAGUGAACACCGUCCAUUGGAUUGGCGAGCGAGUUUCAGAAUGCCUGAAACUAGUUGAGCAGGCUCCGGUGGGGUUAUUGGAUGCGGUGAAGUUCCAACGUAUUUUGAAUCCAGCUCCAUCUGGACAGAUGGUACCAUACGUUGGGCCUCAAGCAAGUAUGCCGCCGCCGAGCUAUCCUGCAGUGCAGGCUGAGCCCGUGGCGCCACCUCCAUCCCCCACGCCAAGUUCACAGGGCAACGUGGCAAGGGGAGGAAAUCAAGGUCACAACAACCAAGGGAAUGGAGGAAGUGGCAGCGGAAGAGGGCGUGGGAGGAAUGGUGCUAGCCAAGGUGGACAUUGGGACAACCAAGGCUACCAAGGCCAAGGGAGUCAAGGGAAUCAAGGAGGUCAAGGAUAUGGAAGACCUCGUUUUGAUUGGAGAACUGCUAUUUGUCAGCAUUGCGAUAAGCAAGGUCACACUAUACGGUUCUGUAACAUAAGGCAGAGAGAUGAGAAGUCCGGGAUGAUCUAUUCUAAUAUGGAUGGUGACAUAUAUGAUCAGUACGGGGAGUAUAUGGACAGAAAGGUUCCAGGCGGGGUGCGGGCGGAGGCUAAGAGGAGGAUAGUUGCGCGACAAGCGCCACCCGCCACGUUCAGGUUGUGGCAGGAAAGGAAUGGCCCACCAAUAAGAGUGGACGAGGUGGAAAAUGAUGGAGAGGUGACUCAAAGGCUACAAGCAAGAACUAUAAAGGAAGAGCCCAUAGUCGUUGGGUCAGACAGAGAGGGCGAAAAUGAGAAGGUGAAGUCGGCGUCAGUCCUUCCAGGAAAGAUGGAGGAUGUGUGGGAGAAAAUGGGAAGAUACCAGGGAAAGUUGGUAGAUAUAUGUGAAAAAGUGAGGAAAUGGAGAGCAAAAAUUCCCAAAGUUUUCCUCUACGAUUCUGGCCCAGAGUCGGUACCAGGACGGCAGGGAGACCACGGUGUGGCCACCGUGGGGUCAGGCCCUCGGUCUGGAAUGACCUUCAGGCCCCCUACCGCGCAAGGGAGAAUGGCGUAAGCUGCACAAACUAGGGGACAGAAUAAGGCAAGUGUCAGCCGAGAACCC